AUGCAGGCAGGCAGGCAUGACACUGUAAGUUACUCUGACUUGGACAUAAUUGUUAUAGUUCUAAAUGUUGCAGUCGUCAGUCGUCUUGUCAAGCUCGACCUCGUGAAGGGCGCCAGCUUCUUCGAAAAGAAGCCCCCUCUCCACUUCCACCUCCAAGAAGGGUACAUUAAGGCCAUCCGUGGAAAGCUUGCAGUCGAAACAGAAGGCAAGGAGAUUAUUCUGACGCCGUGGGAUGGGAGAUUCCCCAUCAAGCCUUAUGUGAACCACCGCUCGUACCCUAUCUCAGCCUCAAGACAAGAUGACGGCAGUACUAAAGUAGCGUUCCUGCUGUCGGGGGAGAAGACGGAUAACGUCUUUGAGCUGAACCCGGAUGAAGUGGUUAUUAAUGGCGCUGAGAUUGACCUAAUCCAGCUGUUUUGUACGAAUUUAUUUCAAACGUUUGACGCCGGAGGAACGUAUGUGUCGUUUCCUAGCUGGGUGCCACUUGGGCAAUAUGUGUCACUUGCACUAGGGGUGGUGCUAUUUCACCGCAAGUGGACAAUAGACUGGGACCUUGCGUGCUCAAGAAUGCAACAAACGAUCUUCCAGAGGAGGUUUGCGGAUAGCACCAAGCCUGACUAG